AUGGCAUCCACGUCAGCGCGCUAUCGUGGCGUGGCGGGUAGUGGCCUACCCUCCUUAGAUCCCUAUCCCGACGCGCCCGAUGCGUACUUUACUUCCGUUCAGGAGCCGCCGCCUCUGCCGGGGAGUGAUGGAGAUAGUAGUAGCGAGGAUGAAGACGAAGCGGCGGGAGUGGCGAGGAGGCGGAGAGAGCGGGAGAGAAGGAAGGAGGAGAGGGAGAGGAGGGAGAAGAAGGGGCAGGAAGGCGGGGCGGAAGGGGCGACGGCGGAUGAGGGGAGCGGGGAAGGGGGGGGCGAGAAGCCGGAGGGCGUUACGUAUGAGGAAACUAGGGUUGGAGCAGAAAGGGGUGAAGGAGGAGAGAAAAUAAUUGUAGCAACAGCAACAGCAACAGCAGCAGCAGCAGCAGCAGCAGCAGCAGCAGCAGCAGCAGCAACCGCACCAACGACAUUAGCAGCUGCAGCACGAGACAGCCAGUCAGUAGACAUCUCGGUCGGGGUCCGGGAACUCCCGAGCCUGGCCCCGAACCUCCCGCCGUGGCUCGGCACCCCGCUGCUGGCCGAGGCAGCGGGAGGUUCGGCCGCGGCGGCGGCGGCGGCGGCGGCGGAGUGCGCGUCCCCCGACAUUGGUCGGUGGCGGGAGACGCGGAUUAAGGAGAAACAGCGCGCCGGCGGCGGGCUGGGGGGGGGGCUAGUAGCGGGGAUGAGUGAGGAGAGAAAGCAGAGCGAGGUGGGAAACAAGAGUGAGCAGCAGCAGCAGCAGUCGGGGGAGCAAGGGCAGGGGCAGGGGGAGCAGGAACAGAGGCAGGGGCAGGGGCAAGAGGGGGAAGGUGCUGAGUUGGGCCCUUCGGGUUCGUUCUCCUACUCGGAUGACACGAAACAGGAGCAGGAGCAGGGGCACCAGCAGGGGCAGCAGGGGCAGCAAGAACAGGGACAGGGACAGGGACAGGGACAGCAGGGGCAAGAAGGUUCUGAGGGGCUGGAGGUGGAAAUACUGGGAGCUGAUUCGUUGGGCGAUGCACAGUUGGAGCUUCAGCCGCAGAAGCAGCAGCAGCAGCAGCAGCAGCAGCAGCAGUCACAACAGUCACAGCAGUCGAGUAUCUGGAGCCGCUUCUCUGGGCGAGCGCCUUCCCCGUCCCGCAUGCUGCGCCGAGCUCUCACUCCCCCUCGUUCCACCCGCACCCCCCCGCGCUCCUCCCCCACUCCCCCCCGUUCCACCCCCACGCCCCCCCGCUCCCCAACGCCCCCUCACUCCCCCACCGCCCCCCGCUCCCAGACCCUUCCCUUCCCCGUAACGCCCCCAAGGUCCCCCAGUCACGGGGUGUCCGCGGGAAAGGGGGCGCAGGGGGAAGGGGAGAAAGCAGGGUGGCGCAGGCGGCGGAAGAGUGAAGGGGGAGGCGGAACUGGGGGGUGGGCGGAGGGUCUGGGCGAAGAGGUGGGGGGGGUGAGCGGGCGGAGCAGCAGCAACAGCGCCGGUGGCGGUGAGAAUGGUAUAGCUCCUGCUGAUGCUGGUACUGAUGCUACUGCUGCUGCUGCUGCUGCUGCUGAUCUUGACACAGCCACUGCCGAGGCCAAUCCACGCUAUGCCAAGAAUCGCAGCAGCAGCACGGACGGAAUCGCAGCUCGCUCCACCACCACCACUGGCAGCACCACCGGCAUCAGCGCCAGCGCCAGCGCCAGCGCCAGCGCCAGCAACAGCAACAGCGGCGGCGGCGGCGGCGGCGGCGGCGGCACAAGGAUGGGGCGGUUCAUGCGCUGGUUCCCCAGAAAGUCCACCUCAACCUCCUCCUCACCCAUGCCCUUGUCUUCCGAGCCUAUGCCUUCCGAGCCUUUGCCUUCCGAGCCUAUGUCUUCCGAGCCUUUGCCUUCCGAGCCAUUGCUUUCCGAGCCUUUUGAGCCAUCGCAAACCUCUGCUACGUCCGCUCUGCCACGCGACCCCACACUCGCGCCCACUCCCUCUCUCUCCACCAACCCGCCUUCCGCUGACCCUCGUUCCGCUCACCCUCCUGCUCUUAGCAUCCCUACUGAUGGAGUUUCCCCUGUAGCUGAGUCCUCUCACGCAGCUGGUACAGCUGCAUCUGUAGCGGCUGUAGCAGCUUCCAGCCAAUCAGCAGCGACAGCCUCUGAUAGGGCCCAUCCACUUGGCACUCCAGUCUCGCCACGUCAGCCGCAAGCCAAGGAGGACUACCCAGCCCCUCCUCCUUCCGAACCUGAGUCCGAACCUGUUUCCGAACCUCCAUCCGAACCAGCUUCGGAACACCCUUCCGAGCCUGUUUCCGAGCCUGCAAUGGGGUCAGGCAGGGGGGAGAAAGAGUACCACCCACGUAUUCCCAAAUCAGACAGUAAUGAUGGGAGAAGAGGGGUUUUAGUGACCAUAAAGGGCCCUCCGUUUCCUGUUUUUUGCACUACUGGGGAUACUGUAGAUUCGCCUGAUUAUGACGCAGCCGAUGCUAACACAGGUUUCACAGCAGCAUCGGGGAAUUCUGGUCCGGUAUCAGGCUCGGCGGAAGGUCCGGCAGAUGGCUCGGGUGGAGCAGGGAGAGCUCGAAGGAGGUUCGGUGUUUUCCGAAGCGCGUCGACGACUGGUUCGGCAAUGGGAGGAGGAGGCGAGUUUCGAGAGUAUAAGACCUUUAAGGAGCAUCUCAUGGACAAGCACAAAUCGCAGCAGAAAGAGCCGCGCGAUAAGGGGGAUAAGGAGCAGAAGGAGAAAAGGGAGAAAAGGGAGAAGAAGGAGAAGAAAGCAGAGGAAAGUCAUAGCAGAGGAGAAGGGCAGCCUCGGGAGCCCAGGGAGAAAAAAGUCCUAGGACCGGUGCAAACAACAGUGGAGGCGUGGGCGUGGCUGUUUGGUCGGGCGGUGUCGGCAGGGGGGAUGGUGGGGGCGGGAAUGCUGGGGAAGAAACAGGGGGGGCGCAAGGGGGGUGGUACAGGAGAAGGGGGAGAAGCGGAGGGGGAAGGGGUGGGGGAGGGUUCGGUGAAGAGUCGUGAGGGAGGGGGAGAGGUGAGGGUUGGAGGGGAGGGAGAGGAGGGAGGGGUAGAGGUAGGUUUGGAGCAGGGGAGAGAGAGUGUGGUAGAAGGUGUGGGUGCUGUAGGAAAGGGCGAAUUGAAGGGAGAAGAGGGGGUGGGGGAAGCAGGGGGGAGUGGUGGGGGGACUGUGGAACCAACCUCCGCUCCCUCUAGUUCUAGAUCUAGACACCUUCUACCCACCAGCAUGGCUCGUAAGCGUAAGGGGCAGGCCCUUAACGACUGCCCCAAGGAUCUUAACGACAUUCCGUACAUCCGCUGGAUGAACCAGCAGAUCGCCAACGGUCGCCAUCCUAGGGGAUUAUCCGCGCCGCCCGUGCUUGACGGCCAGGGAUCCACUGCCCAGUCGCCCACAGCGGCCCCGUCACGUGUGCGCCGUCAGCCUGCAAGGAUGGCAGCAACGCACCGGCCAGUCGUGGAGCAAUACGAUGACGAUGCUGACGACGACGACCGCGAAGAAGGGGAUGACUCCGAUGACGAGGAGAAGGAGCCCGAAGACCAGGGAAUGUUGCCCAGCGACGACGACGAAGACGACGACGACGACGAUGAGGAUGCCGAGGAGGACGCCCCGGAGGAAUCACAGCCUGUCGCUCCGCCGCCGAAACGGAGCGCCGCACGCAAACAAGGGUCUGACAAGGGCAAAGGCAAGGCUGCGCAACCUGCAGCGCGCCCUGAGCCGCGGAAGAAACGUGCGGCAGCAUCUGUCGAGCGCGGCUUAUGGUCUGACAAGGAGAGCACCAUUUUCGCCGCGGCGAAAUGGUUCUUGAAAGAUGAGCUCGAGCCACUCAAGGGGAAGCAGGGGACGCAAUACUGGGCCCGGCUGCUUGCACACAUCAAGGAGUCGAACCCCGGAUGGUGCAGGGGAGUCAACGCACUGCAGAAGCAGUGGCGUAACUUGACGCUCCUUUGGCGGGAGUACAAGCGUGCCGACGGGGGUUCGGGCAACGGCUCGGUGGAUAAACCACCAUGGUAUCCGUACAUGGAGCUGCACAACCAAGACACCGCCGCAGCCGCACCGCAUGCGGUGGACGGUGGAGGCGCGACCAACGUCAACGUGCCGGCCGGCAUGGAGGUUCCAACUUCGUCCCAGCCAGGCACGUCAACGCCAUGUUUUACGGCUCCGCCGCCGACGAACACUGCCACACCCAAGCGCGCCCGGGUGCAUGAGACGGCUACCAUGCAAGCGGCGAUGUUGGUGUCCGCCACCAUCAAGGACUACCACGGUGUUGCGAUGAGAGUCGUUGAAGGCCUCGUCCGAGAAUGGAUGGCGCAAGACCUGCGACUUGCCCGCGAGCGCAUGACUGAAUCGGCUCCCCCGGAUGUGCACCGUGCGCCGCCAGAUUUCUCCCCUCCACCGCCACGCGGGGGGUCCGCACCACCCCCCGAAGCCGCACAGCCGCGGGAAGAUAUGGGCGACGUCAACACCGUCACUCCGGCUGAUGAGGAUGUGGAGAUAUGGGUGCGCGGCGCCGCCGAUUAG